CUCCUGCCGCGGUUCCGCUGCCCUUUGCCUCCCUCUAGCGGGAAGACGAGGAGGACGCCGCACAAACAAAACUGCGGGCAACGCUGCUGCGCCAGCAUUUGGGAGCGAUCCGGGGCAGAGCAAAGCAGGCGGAGGCCGGAAGAAGGUUGCCUCACAAUGAUCAUCCCUGUUCGCUGUUUCACCUGUGGCAAAGUCGUGGGCAACAAAUGGGAAGCGUACCUGGGCCUUUUGCAGGCCGAAUACACGGAAGGGGAUGCGCUGGACGCACUCGGCCUAAAGCGCUACUGCUGCCGGCGGAUGCUUCUGUCCCAUGUGGAUUUGAUUGAGAAGCUGUUGAAUUAUGCACCCUUGGAGAAGUAACAUUUUCACCCCAGAAGGGAGCCCUGAGGGAGGAGGCUGGAAGACCACAUCCAUACAUGCCCCUGUGGAGUAAGAUGGGAUUUUUCUGGUCGCUUUUUGAUUCCUCUGUUUGCAUCAAGAUCUAGUCACCAAGCCCUAGGGAGUGUGUGCUGAAGUGGGGGAAUGCCAUCCCAUUCCACAAUGUGCAAUAAAGAAUGUGAAGCUAA